AUGAAGAAGCCGCUCUUUGAACGUCUGCAGACCGCACCACUUGAGAACCACAGGAUUAGCUCCUUGGCAGCCAGUGACUACUUCUAUCGCAUUGCGUUUUUCCUGGGCUGGACGCCUCCCAAGGGGGGUUUCCUCAGAUGGAUCUACAUUCUAUGGACCUUGACCACCAUGUGGCUGGGCAUUGUAUAUCUACCGCUGGGACUAACCCUCACCUAUGUGAAGCACUUCGAUAGGUUUACGCCCACUGAGUUCUUGAGUUCCCUUCAGGUGGACAUCAACUGCAUUGGCAAUGUGAUCAAGAGUUGUGUGACCUUCACUCAGAUGUGGCGAUUCCGCUGGAUGAACGAACUGAUUUCCUCUUUGGACGAGAGAUGUGUUAGCCCAUCGCAGCGUCAGAUUCUCCAUAAGAUGGUGGCUCGGGUUAGUCUCAUAACGCUUGUGUUCCUGUCCACCUACUUGGGUUUCUGUUUGCUGAACCUUUUCACAUCGGUUUUGGCGGGCAAGGCUCCGUGGCAGUUGUACAAUCCAUUUGUGGACUGGCGGAGUGGCUACUGGCAGCUCUGGAUAGCCUCGAUACUGGAAUACUUUGUGGUCUCCAUUGGCACCAUGCAGGAACUGAUUUCGGAUGCCUUUCCCAUAGUCUUCAUCUCCUUGUUCCGCACUCACCUGGCAAUCCUGCGGAAUCGCAUAGAGAAUCUGCGACAGGAUCCAGAGCUCAGUGAGAGGGAGAACUACGAGCAGUUGGUGGCCUGCAUCCAGGAUCAUCGCACCAUCAUUCAAUGCACCCAAAUCAUUCGCCCCAUCCUGUCGAUCACCAUCUUCGCCCAGUUCAUGCUGGUGGGCAUUGACUUGGGUCUGGCUGCCAUAAGCAUCCUGCUAUUCCCGAAUACCAUCUGGACGAUCCUGGCGAGUGCCUCCUUCAUCAUGGCCAUCUGCAUGGAGUCCUUUCCCUGCUGCAUGCUCUGCGAACAUCUCAUCGAGGACUGUGCCCAUGUCAGCGAUGCACUUUUCCACUCCAACUGGUUAACUGCAGAUAGGCGUUACAAGUCGGCGGUCAUUUAUUUUCUGCACAGGGUCCAGCAACCCAUACAGUUCUCAGCUGGAGCCAUUUUCCCCAUUUCGGUGCAGAGUAACAUUGCAGUGGCCAAGUUUGCCUUUAGUAUCAUCACAAUUGUCAAUCAAAUGAAUCUCGGGGAGAAGUUCCUAAAUGACAGGGCAAGUGGCGGGGACGUAGAGUCCUAAAGUGCAGAGCAAAG